GUAUGUUAUUUGUAUCUAUUUAUUGUAUUUAAAGCUUAAGGUUUUUUGUUGUAUGUAAGCAGGAGUUGUUUGUAUGAAACUUUAUUGUAUGUAUUUAAAAAAGUAAAUAACAUAAUUACACAAACGGAAUAUGAAUCCCUGUGGUGAUGCUACUAUGUCCGCCAAAUACCUACAUCGUUUCGAUAACGAACUAUGGGCGGAGAUAGAUCCCAUCGAAAAAAAGCGUAAUUUAAAAUUUGAUACGCCUUCUAGGAUUAAAAAAAAAAUUGAAGCGAAACCUAAAAAGAAAAAGGAGAAAGAGGAGGAAAAAGAAGGGAAAAAAAUACGCAUCAGAAAUACGCAGUUUUCAUUCACAUCAUUUUUAAUACCACUUUGCGUCACCGGUGAAAGAAAGGAUUACCAAUUUUUAUAUUGCAUUUGUGCUUUGAGAAACGCAUUGAAGAUUUUAAGUACCACCCUUAGGAAGGAAGGUUUCGCGCAAUUGUAUAUGGUUGGUAUGAAGAGCGCAGUGGACUGGGAAAAAAUCAAAGCCAACAGAACAACUUUUUCAGACAUCAUAACUGAGUUUCUUAUCAAAUCAGGAUCAGUUUGCAUGGUUGCAGCUAAUAGGAAGGAGUUAUACACCAAGGUAAAUAAUCCAGAUGCACCUUUCAUCGUUCUUCUAGCUGCAACAGACAUUCAAUUGCCAAGCCGAGAAAAAUUGUGUGUUGGGACCAGUUGGCUAAUUUUUAGACGAACUGAACAAAGCCGGAAUGUGCUCUUCGACAGGGAAGUGUUCCAUUGCGGUAGGAGGGCCAUCAACGCUGGUGUUCUUGUCAACGGCUGCUCCACAAUGAUGACAACCGGCUUCAAGAGGAUCGGCGGCAUCCAUCACUUCAUCUUUGACAAUAGAUAUGGCGACUUCAUAUUGUUACAAGAAAAAUGUUUCUUACGCAGCUCUGGAACUGCGAUUUUCAUGAAUGAAGCACUAUUCUACAAAUUUCCGAAGGAAGUCCAAAGUUGGGUCCUGGAGAAAAAGCUCGGUGAGAACGAGUACUAUUCCAGAUACACUGGCGGUUGGUUGUCCGACGGCUACAGGAUAUUGCGGUCCGGAGGACUUCUCCUCUCUCCCCAAGACAGCGAACGUACAGAAGGAAGGAUAAAGUACUUAAGUAAAGCACUUCCUAUGGCGUUCUUGAUAGAGAAGGCAGGAGGAAAGGCGACUGACGGAAGAAUCGCCAUCACCAAGUUGGGAGCCAAGAAGUCGCCCUUCACCAAACUCGUUUUUGGCACCGUCAGCGAUGUUGAUGCCUUCAUGGAAGUAAUAAAAGAAUCCUCGAUCAGUGACCAAGACUUCAUGUCAAGUGGAACUGAUACAGACGACACUUCGACUGAUUUCGAAUAAUAAAUGAAU